AUGGAUAUGAACAAGCCUUUAUUUCCAGCUCCGCCUGGCUAUGUUGUCGAUCUUUCCAAUCCCCAGAGGACAGGUGAGGCUGCGAAUCUAUGGGUGGGAGCAGUUGGAAUGAUUCUUUCUACCUUAUUCAUGGCUGUUCGUAUCUAUACAAAGACAAGAUUUGCAAAAUGCUUGUCUGCAGAUGAUGUGGCUUUGAUUGUGGCUUGGAUCCUCUCAGUCACAAUCCAAAUGAUUAUACUCGUUCAAUAUAGGGGAGGAACACUGGGUGUUCACAUUUGGGAACUGAGCGGGAACCGCGUCAAUUUUAGUCUGAAUCUGGUCAACGUUGCUAGCAUCCUCUACUGCCCCUUUCUGGCGAGCGCAAAGCUGUCUCUUCUGUUGCUAUACCUUCGAUUAUCGCCCCUGCGCUGGUUUCGAAUCUGUGUGUAUGGCGGAAUUUUCAUAGUCGUCGGAUACAGCAUUGCCCUCCUCUUUCCGCUUAUCUUCGCCUGUACACCCUUUAAGAGAAAUUGGGACAUUACGAUCACAGAGGGGAGUUGUAUCAAUCGCACACCACUCUACAUGGCAACUGCUGUGUUGAACAUGGUGACAGACAUUUUACUGCUCAUCUUACCCAUACCUAUGGUUGUUAAGCUACAGGUUCCAAGGGCGCAGAAAGCGGGCUUGUUGUGCAUUUUCGGAGUCGGAUCGCUGACUUGUAUCACCAGCGGAGUGCGUCUCGCCCUCUUGUUCCCAUUGCUCAGCACCAUUGACCAGACAUGGGCCAUUGUCAUGCCCGGAAUAUGGAUUCUCAUAGAAGCCAACCUCAUCAUCAUAACUGGCUGUCUACCGGCAAUGCGUCUGUUUUUACGCCAUGUCGCACCACGUGUGAUUGGAGAAUCGUCAUUCAACAGCCGUAAGCAAACUCGAGGAUAUACAACCGACUCACACGGUGCCCAUUCAGAGCUUCAAACGAUAGGCUCAAAACAUAUGAAUAGGGCGUACAAUCAGAUGGAAGAUGAUAGUGUCAGUGUUGGCAGUGAUGAAAGAGCGGCUGCAGGAUGGCAGGGUGAUGGAUCGUCUGAGCGCAGUAUCGUUGUUUCGCCUGCAGGUAUCACGAAAACCCAGAGUUUCGCAGUCAACAGCGAGAUCUGUAACGAUGGUGGCAGCAAGCAGGGGCGUACUAGUGCUUGUGGUAUACACGCGCUCUAAACUUAUUGCUAAUUCUAGGUGUACAAAACAUAGACCGUUAUAAUGGCAAAGUGUUGAUCACGCCAAAAAGUCCACCUUUGGUGCAGGUGAGAUGAAGGGUAGAUUGUUGAU